AUGGCAGGCGGGCAGCUUUUUGGUUUUGGUGCUGACGUUGGCAAUAUUACGGCUUCUGCAACGCAAAAAUCGGGUCCAGAUCGAACUAUUAUAACGUGGGAAAAGCCGUUCCUGAAAAGGAUCGAGGAAUCAGCAGCUGAGCAUGCUAGCUCUCUGAACGACAGUGAGCGAGAACAGUUGCAAACGAUAUUUGAAGUGCACGAAUCAGAGGGUUCCAGUUGCGAUGAGUCGCGAACACCGUCAGUUAUUCUUGAUGCUAUCACUGUUCCUGAUGCUGUUGUUGCUUCGUCGUCGAGUUUCGAAAAAAAUUCAAAAGAUGAUCUGGAAUCACAACAAAGGAUACACCGCAGCUGCUCCGAGAUACUGACAUUGCCGUUUUAUGAGCGAAAAAGCGUCCACGACUGCAUUGCUUAUUUGAACAGUAAGCAGUUCUUCUGCCCACGUCGUUCGUUACCAGUUGCGUCAAAAAAGAGCAGUUCACUUCAAGCACCUCAGAUAAGCAGGAGCAAAAUGAGACGCUUAUCCUCAAUAAUAAUUGAAUGGGAACGGGCCGGACGUUCAUCGAUCUCAGAUUUUACACGUUUUUAUAGUCUGGCACAUCGAGAAUCGUUCUACUGUGCAAAACGUAAACUCGCUGGUCUCAAGGUAAUAGUGAAUUAG